UGUUAACUCCUGAAAAAUACCAUCAGCAAGCUCUGAAAUCGUAUUCCCCUCCAAGUGAAGCUCAAUCAGCUGAGACAUAUUGUGAAACGUGUCAGCUGUCAGAUUGCUGAUGAGGUUGUAGUUAAUUUUCAGGGUCUCAAGCCUUUCGAGACCAGCAAAGGUUUCCCUUUUCAAUUCUUUUAAUUUAUUUUGUGACAAAUCCAGGGCAUGCAGAUUGUUGAGCUUUAGGAAUAUAAAUGCAGGCAGAUCUGAUAUGAGGUUGUACUUCAUUUGAAGACUUUCCAGCUGCUUGAGGGAGUCAAACAUACCAGGAAGCACCGUCUUAAACUUGUUAUAGUUUAGAAGCAGUUUAGUCAAGUUCUCCUGCUCUGAAAAAGUCCCCAGAUACAAAUGAUCCAGAAGAGGGUUCCCACUGAUUUCCAGCUCCUGCAGCUUGUUCAGAUGUGCAAAAGCCUGAGAGUGAAUACUUCUGAGGACAUUACUAAGGAAGAUUAAUUUGGUGAGUUGUGGGCUCUCUUCUAAAGUGUUGGGGAAGAGGUGGGCCACACUGGAGGUCAUGAGAAUAAACUCUGUAACCUGUCCGGACAUGUUUCUGGGUAAAGCUGAAAUCCACGAGUCAGCACACAGGACUUGGACAGGAGUGAAACACUGACAUCGAUACGGACACAAGGUUUGAAGCUAUUCCUGACUCCUGACAUUCCUGGAUCCUCCCUCUCCUCCAGGGUGUUCCCAGAGGAUGCACAGUGAAGCAAUGGCCAAUGCAGGAAUUCAGCUGCUUGGCUUCACGCUGGCCUUCUUGGGCUUAAUCGGCACUAUAGUAUCCACAAUCAUGGUGGAGUGGAAAGCUUCGUCGUAUGCAGGAGAUAACAUAAUCACAGCUCAGGCUCUGUAUGAAGGCCUGUGGAAGACCUGCGCAUCACAGAGCACCGGGCAGAUUCAGUGUAAAGUGUAUGAUUCACUUCUUCAACUACCAGGGCUCGUUCUUGGCACUCGGGGGUUGAUGCUCUGCUCCAUCUUGCUCAGCUUUUUCGCCAUGCUUGUGGAGGCAGUGGGCAUGCGGUGCACCACCUGUAUGGCAGAAACACCUGAGCAGAAGGACAAAGUGGCUCUAGCUGGAGGGAUCAUGUUCAUUUUUGCUGGUCUGCUCGCUCUGGUGGGAACAUCUUGGUAUGGAAACCGAAUAGCCAGAGACUUUUACAACCCCUUCACCCCCACUAACUCCAAGUUUGAGUUUGGAAGCGCCCUGUUUGUUGGAUGGGGGGCAGCCUGUCUUGUAAUUAUAGGAGGGGGCUUCCUCUGCAGCAACUGUUCCAGUAAGAGCUCUGGGAAAUCUCCACGCUACCCCCCGACUAGCUCUUCAAGCCAGUCAGGCAGAGACUAUGUUUAGGAGAAUACAGGAUGAACUCUGCCUUUAUUUUUCACAGGGAACUUGUCUUUAACUUGUUAUUUGGAUGAUUUUUUAUUUGCAGCUUGUGAAUUUGCUGGAUAUAUAUUGGGUGAAUGUUCUUAUUUGAUGUAAAUUGCACUCAACUUCUUAGUAGGGAUGACAAAAACACAUUGGUAUCCCUCAGAUCUGUUAUAGAGACGUACUGACCCUGGACACAAAUUCAGGAAAUAGACAUUGGCAUAAAUAAAAGCAACAACAAAUUCAGCUUAGAAUGAAAUACUAUAAAACACAUUAUAAUACUUGUGGGACUUGCAGUCUUGUUUUACCUCUUCAUUUACUGACCUUGUGACCUUUUUGUUUUUACUUGUUAUUUUUUUCAACUUGAUGUAAUGCUUUUAAAUGAGUAUUCAUAUGUGGUUUUUGCUGUAGGCGUACAAUAUUCUUGUACAGUAAAGGAUAAG